AUGACUGAGCCGUUCGUCGAAUGCGCCGACGACGGCAAUGGAUACCUGGUGGAGAAGCAGUUUUUGACAGGCAACAAGUACAAAUGGACGAUCAUGGAGCGAAUCGGCGACGGUGGCUACGGAUCGGUUUACAAGGUGAAAAACGAGGCGGGCCAGGAAGCGGCGCUGAAGCUGGAGCGACGAGACAACCGGCGCAAAAGGAUGAAGCUCGAGAUGGAGACGAUGGUGCUGAAGGAGAUGCACGAGUUCAUCAAGACGCUCAGCCCACCACCCGACGAGCAUUUUACAGUCAUCUAUGAUCGGGCAAAGAAGGAGAACUUUGGCUUCUACGUGAUGGGGCUCGUCGGCGAGUCGUUGCAAGACCUCAGAAAAGCCCGAAGACCCUCCGUUUUUUCGUUGGGCACGGCGUACGCGCUGUCGAUCAGCACGCUGCAGCCGAUCGAGCUGAUGCACCGCGCCGGGUUCCUCCAUCGUGACAUCAAGCCCGCCAACUAUGCCAUUGGGCUGCAGGACCGGCGUCGCGUCGUCUACAUCCUCGAUUUCGGCAUCGCGCGCAAAUAUCUCAAGUCUGACGGCAGCUCGAUGAAGACGCCGCGCGAAAAGGUCGGCUUCAAGGGGACGAUCCGCUACGCGUCGCUAGCCUCGCACUCGCAGAAAGAACUCGGCCCCAAAGAUGACGUCGAAUCGUGGCUGUACAUGUGCGUCGAUUUUGCCAACCCGGAUGGCUGUCUCUGGAAGGGAAUGAAGGCCAAGGAAAUGGUGGUCCAUUCCAAGACGGUCUCUCGAACGCCCGACGGCAAGAAACGUCUCUUCCAAGGGAUGGACCACAAAGAGUGGACGCUGAUCAUGGACUACACGGACUCGCGCGAGGUGAUCGACCGCUUCGACUACGAAUACCCGAAAAAGCUGAUACAGCGCGCCGCCAAAAAUGCCAAGCUCGACCUAAACGCCCCGUACGACUGGGAAUCGACGGCACCGGCGACCGUUUUGCUGACAGCAAAACCGCUGGCACGACAGGACAGCAAGGAGAGGAACAACAACAAGACGAAGAACCGGAAGACGUUCACCCAGACCGUCAGCAAGAUGGUCAGCAUCCAGCAGAACACCCCCGACGGCGCCCGUUCAACAGAAAGAAAAGGCACGAGAGCGUCGCGCGAGCCGAGUACGGGA